AUGUAGUUUGAAAGUAAGCAAGUGCUGGUUGGUGUGUGUUUGUGAGCGUGAGAGAGAGAGAAGCGAUAUGCGUGAGGGAGCGAGUAACUGACCUACACACAGACACAGUGUCUCUCUCUGGUCUUCGACUUAGUAUUUUUAUUUAAUUUUGGGGAGAAACAAAAAGUGUGUUGCAUUUCAAUCUUUCAUUGAAUAGAGCACGUGGGCUGGGAGGCCGAUUCGUGGACUCAGAUUAAAUAUUCGUAUACUCAUAAAAUCAUCGAAACAAAACCAAUCCUCAAAAACUCUCUCUUAUCAGACCAUACCCUCACAAACCCGCAAUUUCACUUCCCAUCUUCCAAGAACCACCGGAUCCUGCAAUUCCUCUCUCUAUUAGGGUGGUCCAGCAGUGAUGGGGAAAUUCCAGCUUAGUGUAUAUUGGAGGGCAAGUUGUGGUUCCUAAUAAGUGUCUUGCAUGUUAUUUCUGCCUGUUGGUGUAAUGAACCGAGUCAGAAUGCAAGUUUUUUGGCAGAGGGAGUAGAUUAUUGGAAUAAGGGAGACACAUGCUGCUUUGAUAGCUUUUUGCAAAUUUGUUUUUAUCUUUGACUGCGUUCUGAAAAUGGAAAAUCCUGACGUUGAAAAGUCUGAAGAAACCAAUAGACAAAUUGACAACACAAAAUCUAAUUCUAAACAGCAGAGCGUAGAUAAAGCUAAUGAACACCCUGAUUGGUUACCUGAUGGCUGGAACGUGGAAGUCAGAACCCGUAAAAGUGGUGUACACAUGGGAUCUGGAUAUAAGUGUUACAUUGAGCCAUUGAAAAGAUACAAAUUCUUCUCCAAACCAGAGGUAUUACGAUAUCUCGAAACUGUAAAGGACAACAGUUGCACUUCCAAGAAGGGGAAGAAAUGCAGUAACAUGCAUUCUCCAAAACACAACAGUUGCUCUUCCAAGAAGGAGAAGAAAUGCAGUAACAUGCAUUCUCCAAAUGACAACAAUUGCACUUCCAAGAAGGAGAAGAAAUCCACUAACAUGGAUUCUCCAAACGACAACAGUUGCACUCUCAAGAAGGAGAAGAAUUGCAGUAACGUGGAUUCUCCAAACGACAACAGUUUCACUCCCAAGAAGGAGAAGAAUUGCAGUAACAUGGAUUGUCCAAACGACAACAGUUGCACUCCCAAGAAGGAGAAGAAUUGCAGUAACAUGGAUUCUCCAAAUGACAACAGUUGCACUCCCAAGAAGGAGAAGAAUUGCAGUAACAUGGAUUCUCCAACUGAUGUUGUGGUUGAGAAGUCUACUGUGGAGGAUUUACCACCUGGAUGGGUAAAAGAAUUAAAGAUUAGGAAGAACAGCAAGGGCAUUCGAAAAGAUCCGUUUUAUAUAGAUCCAGCGAGUGGAUAUGUAUUCCGUUCUAAGAAGGAUGUACUGCGGUAUCUUGAAUCUGGUGAUAUACGUUCAUGUGCAUUUAGGCCAAGUAGAAGACAAAUUCAAGAUGAAGACAAUUUAACUCCACCACCUGUUGCCAAGAGACAGAAACUGAAGCAGUCUGCAUCUGAACAACAGCUUUCUUCAGCCACAGAAAUACUUGAUAAAAGCAGCUUAGAAUUGCUAGAUGCUAACAGCUCAAGGAAAUGGAAAAAUGCAAAUGUGUCAUCUGGAACGAUGGUUGCUUCUGUUCCCAUGGGUGAAUCUGUUGUAAAGAUGCAUUCACUAGAGGAUGGAGCUGCAAACUCUUCUGAAGUGAAGAAAACAUCUGACCCAGGUAGCUCAGCACUUUUGAAUGAAUCCUUGAAAGAAUCAGAAGAAGUACUUUCUGCAGAUGAUGUGCAAGAAAAGGAGCAUGUUUUGAAUGUGAUGGAGAAUGCUAAUGAAAAGAAUCACGGUAACCAUAGCAUAUCCAAAAACAGGAAGGAGUUCAAUGUACCUCACCGGUCAUCACCAAGACUUGCUGGAAGUAAACCUGUCCAGUUGGCCAACAAUCUGAUCAAUGAACGGACUCUUCAGGUUCCUAAAAGAAACUUGAGGAAAAGUAGAAACACUCUAGAUGUUGAUAUUUCUGAAGACCAAACAGUUUCUAAAGAUCAACCACAUCAGCAAGAAGCAGAUAAAAUAGAAGACAAUAAUAAGCCAGAAAUUCAAAUUAGCCCAAACAAAUCAAGUAAAAAGAAAGAGUACCACCUUCCUCGUCGGGCUUCAAAACGAUUAGCUGCAAUUGAACAUGAGACAAUGAACUCCAAAGCAAAAUUGCAGCAAAGUGAGUGUGGGCCAGUUACAGUGCUUGCAGAUCAAGCGCCAAUAAAUGGAAAGUCAGCAAAUAAAAGGAAAAAAUCAGCACCUCAGCUGGAGAAACGCGAAAAUGAAGAAAUGGAUGAUGAGAAAUCAGAAUCUCAGCUGUCCUUUGCAUUUCACUACUCUUGGUCUGACCCAAGCUUGGAAUAUGCAAUCAAUACCCUCACUGGUGUGUUACCACCAGCUGAAACUGAUAUUCCAAAAACUUUAGUUGACAAUGUUACGGGAAAAGGCGCCACUACAGUCCCUGAAAUCGAUAUUCCAAAAACUGUGGUUGACAAUGUUAUGGGAAAAGGCGCCACUUCAGUCCCUGAAACUGAUAUUCAGAAAACUUUGGUUGACAAUGUUACAGUAAGAAGCACUGCUACAGUCCCUGAAACUGAUAUUCAAAAAACUUUGGUUGACAAUGUUACAGGAAGAAAUGCCACUACAUUCCCUGAAACUGAUACUCAAAAAACUUUGGUCGACAAUGUUGUGGGAAGAAGUGCCACUACAAUCCCCGAAACUGAUGAUAAAAAAACUCUGGCUGACAAUGAUAUGGGAAGAAGUGCCACUACAGUUCCUGAAACUGAUAUCCAAAAAACUUUGCUUGAUAAUGUUACAGGAAGCAGAGACAGUGAAAACAAUUUGCUUGACACUGUUACAGGAGGCAGCGACAGAAAAUCCCAGGUACGAUCAAAUAAACCCAAGAGAAAGAAAGAGGUCAAAGUACCUAUGCGGUUAUCAAAGCGACUUGCUGGCCUUGAACCUGAGGUAGCGCCUGCUGAAAGAGCUAUUGAAUAUCCUACUAGAAAAUCAUGCAAAGAAGAACCAACUGCGACUGCUACUUUAACUAUUGGAGUGUCUGACCAUCAUGAUGCUGGGGAAGAAACCAAGCUUACUCCGCAAGCUUCUGACAGUUUGAAAACAGAAGUACUAGGAGAAUCAUUAAACCAGAGUGAGAAGUCAUGUGAUGCCCAAACUGGUGACAAGGAACAAUUGCAGAAAGUUGAAGCUGAAAAUAUUGGUGAUGCAAGAUCAGAGCCACAGCUCCCCUUACUGUUUGGGGACUCUUGGUCAGAUCCAUGCCUAGAAUUUGCGAUCAAGACUCUCACUGGUGCUUUGCCAGUUGAUGCGGGUGACAUUAUGCCCGCUUUGCCUCCUGGCUUUGAUAAUCCACCAUAUAAGCAAUUGCAUGGGAGUCUGGCGACAAGCAUUAAUCAAGAAGCUCACGAUAACUCAAACCAAUCCCAGAACAAGAAAGAGCUUAAUAUGGUUAGCCAACCUGUGUUGAGGACCAGCUCCACCUCUUAUGAGAAUGCUCCCAAAUUUACAACUAGAGUCUCUUAUCUUGAUCAAGGCAACAUAAUAAGGAAUUUGAAUGAAGAACCUCGUAACACUGGAAACACAACACCACCUGUGCAUCAUUUUAGGAAUAUAAACUCACUAACACAUGAAGAGCCAUUAAAGCAAAAUGGACAGUUUGUCGAGGGUGGAUUUGUUACAAUGGGGCAACAACUAUUUGAAACUGGAACUGUAAACCAUGAUAAUUCUGAAUCACAGUAUAGUGCUCCGUUUAUGAAUUCUUGGUCAGACCCAUGCCUAGAAUUUGCAUUUAAGACUCUUACAGGCGUGAUACCAGUAGAGGAAAAUUUAACACUUCAAGGAUGUUUCCAGGAACCUGUUAACUAUCAUGAACGAAGGGAUGGUGGCUCAAUGUUGCCAGAUUUAGGAUCUUCCAGCUUUUCUCAAAGUGAUUUCUCAUUUCUCCAUGAUACAGGGGUUAAGUCCAUGCCGGGGAAGCAGUCAUCAAUGAGCUCUUCAUUCCUACCGUUGGAAAAAACAAGCCUGCAAGGUUUCACUGGAGUUGAUCCUCAAACACACUUUUCUCAGUGCAACAAUAACUUUCAAAGAAGGUAAGCUAGUUAAAUAUUUGUAGCUACCUCCAGGAUAACUGCUAUUAGUAUCUAGUUAUAGUUUUGUAGACUGCAAAAUGUUUGUCAGUAAGUAUCCUUUUAUUUUCCUGGUGACAUUUGUAAAUACAUUGUGAACAAAAGGUCUCGCUUAGUGUUUUGCUUUGUUCGUUGAGAAGAUCUAGGUAAGCAAAGUAAGGAGGUACAGGAGUCCAACUGUUGUUGUGACAAUGCUAUCUAACUACUGUAGUUUGUAUCUUAGUUAUUAUUUGGUUCAAGUAGUACUGUUUCUUAUUUUCUUUCCCCUUCAGAAAA